GUAAGCUACUACAUAGAAGCUACAGAAGCAGAUAACCAUGCAGUGCGUGAAGCAGCGUGUGCAUGUAUAGCUGAGUUGGCUCUUAAAAUUUCAACUGAGGCUGUGCGUGCCCAUGUACCAGACCUGCUACAUACCCUCACUGUGUGCUUCAAUGAUGACUCGUGGCCUGUCAGAGAUGCUGCCUGUGUAGCAUGUGGCAACUUCAUCCUUUGUUUCCCAGAAGAGUCCCAGGGCACCAUGGAGGACCUCCAGCCACUCUUCUUCAAUAAUCUCCAGGAUAGCAUUCCCUCGGUACGCCAAGGAGCAGCAGUUGCUAUUGCUAAUGUUGUUCGUGCUUACGGAAAGGAUGUUUUACCCAUGAUUAUUGAGAAGACGAAAGAAGGACUGAAAGGUAUGAAAUAUUUGUGAUCUCUUGUGAAUUAU